UUGUUUUUUUCUUUCUCUUUCAGUACACAGUUUGGAAUUUCAUCCCUAAGAAUCUGUUCGAGCAGUUCAGAAGGAUAGCCAACUUCUAUUUUCUCAUUAUCUUCCUUGUACAGCUAAUGAUAGACACCCCAACUUCCCCCGUCACCAGUGGUCUGCCUCUCUUCUUUGUGAUCACAGUAACUGCCAUAAAACAGGGCUACGAGGAUUGGCUGAGACACAAGGCAGACAACGAAGUGAACGGGGCUCCAGUGUUUGUGGUUCGCAGUGGAUGUCUCGUCCAGACAAAAUCCAAGAACAUCAGAGUGGGGGACAUUGUCCGAGUGGCUAAAGAUGAGACGUUCCCAGCUGACCUGGCGCUGCUGUCUUCCGAUCGUGAGGACGGCACCUGUCACAUCACCACAGCUAGCCUCGAUGGAGAAACCAACCUUAAG